AUGGCUUCUAACAGGAUUGCAAUUCUUUGGGAAAUUUUCUUCGUUGUUAUUCUUUUUCUGGGUCAAGCAGUGGCAUCAAGGGAACUACUUAAUGUCCAGGCUCAUAUGCUUUAUGUAAAGAAUGAGGAACAAUUUCAGAAUAACAUGUCGCCUGAAUAUCAGAUUGCUGACACUCCUUAUGGAUUUGACCUUCCUCCUACCUACAUAUCAGAUGUGAAGGAGGAAGAAUUACUUUUUCAGGCUUACGCACCAUCGCCGGAGGCUGAUCAAACUCGAUAUCAUACAGCUGAUCCCCCUGAUGGAUACAAUUUUGUCAUUCAUCCUACAGGUGGCGCUUUUUUUGCAACAGGGUUUUUCGUCUUUCUCACGUUCAUUUGUAUUUUGUGUUUAUGUAACUUCUAAUUAAACUAACAAAGUUUAUUUUCUUCCGUUAAU